GCGUCCGGACCUCGGCGGCUUCGGGAGACGGCGGUCGUCAUGAUGGCUCAGGGCGGCCUGGUAGCCAACCGAGGCCGGCGAUUCAAGUGGGCUAUUGAGUUGAGCGGGCCCGGCGGAGGCAGCAGGGGCCGAAGUGACCGGGGCAGCGGCCAGGGAGACUCAUUGUACCCAGUCGGUUACUUGGACAAGCAAGUGCCGGAUACCAGCGUGCAGGAGACGGACCGGAUCCUGGUGAAGAAGCGCUGCUGGGACAUCGCCUUGGGUCCCCUCAAACAGAUUCCCAUGAAUCUCUUCAUCAUGUACAUGGCAGGCAACACCAUCUCCAUCUUCCCUCCUAUAAUGGUAUGCAUGAUGGCUUGGCGGCCUAUCCAGGCACUCAUGGCCAUCUCAGCCACUUUCAAGAUGCUAGAGAGUUCAAGCCAGAAGUUUCUUCAGGGUUUGGUCUAUCUCAUUGGGAACCUGAUGGGUUUGGCACUGGCUGUUUACAAGUGUCAGUCCAUGGGGCUGCCUCCAAAGAGAAUGGAAUUCAGUGGUGGAGGACUUGUUUUGUGA